CAACUUGCGCGAGCGCAGUCCGCAACAUGUCGUUCAAACGGCACUACGUACUUCACAUCCUUUUCAUAUCCAUUGUAGUUGUAUCUACCUAUGUGUAUAGACCUUUAUUACCUAUAAAGGCGGAAACCAAACAAUCCCUUGGAUAUCCGAAAGAUUCAUUACUAAACUUCACACAACUAAGUUAUAAAUAUGGUUAUAUAUCUGAAGAACACAAUGUGAUAACUGAAGAUGGAUAUAUUUUAUCAAUGUUCAGGAUACAGGGACGGAAUUGUAUGAAAAGAAGACAACCACCGGUACUCCUAAUGCACGGAUUGCUUCAGAGUUCAGACAGCUGGCUGGACGCAGGCCCUCGUGCAGGCUUAGCGUAUUUAUUAUCCGAUGCUUGCUACGACCUUUGGGUAGGAAACCAGAGAGGUAACUACUACGGCCGAAGACAUACAACCUUAAACCCCGACAAGGACGAAAAGUUCUGGGAAUUUUCUGUAGACGAAAUAGGAUUGUACGACAUACCUGCCGCAAUUGAAUAUGUGUUAAAGAAGACAUCCUCCAAAAAGGUGAACUAUAUAGGGUAUUCUCAAGGAUCUGGUAGCUUUUUUAUCAUGUGCUCUGAAAGACCUGGAUUUUGUGACAAAGUGAAUUUGUUCAUUGGUUUAGCGCCAGCUUCUAGACAAACUCAUACCAGGUCUGUUGCUUAUAGGGCUUUAUGUGGUAUAAUGGAGAGAUUUUCAAUUUAUUUUACUUUCUCCGGAAUUCGAGAAGUGUUUUCCAAGGGUGCGUUAAGUCAAGAGUUCAUGGCAUAUUUGUGCCAAUCGAGUACGUUGUCCAAUAACAUUUGUGGAGAGUUUAUAGCUCUUUUGGAUUCAUAUCACCCUGGAUCGAUUACUAACAAAACAACACAGGUUUUGUUUGGUCACUUCCCGGCUGGAACUUCGUUGAAAAAUUUCGCCAGAUACGGACAAAGCAUGAAAAGUAGGGAUUUCAAGAAAUUCGACUACGGAAAGUCGUGGAAUAUAAAAUUUUAUGGCAGCGAAAAACCUCCAUCAUACAAUUUGAGUGCUGUAACAGUACCCGCUGUGGUUUUAUAUGGCAAAAAUGACUAUUUAGUGGACGUUAAGGACGUAAAGUGGCUUUUAAGAAAACUGCCCAAUGUGUUAGAGGCAGUGGAGGUCAGUGACCCUUUGUGGAAUCAUUUAGAUAUGACGUACAGUCGGCACACGAAUGAAGCAGUGUUCCCUAAAAUAAAUGAGUAUUUGUUAAGGUACAGUAGAUCGUAGAAUAAACGGUUUAAAGUACACAAAACGUAAAGUUAUUUUGACAAUAUUCAGGACGACGUUUUUUGCGUCUAUAUAAAGUGAAUAAACAAACAUAAUUUAUGCAGAUCUCAUUUGUGUCAUUUUAGUUUUUUUUUUCAAAUUAUCGCCAGACGAUUAAGUGUUAUUAUGAUAACAUUAAUAUUAUUUUGUAUAAUUGUUCAGAAGAGCUGAUUAAUAUUUUAUAGGCGUUAUAUCCGUAUCAAACCAUCGUUUACGUCUAUACGUUGACGUUACCUAUAUACCAACUAAGAAUCAAAUCAAAAGUGGUCUUAAACAAUGACUGAAAUUAAUGACGAAAUUGACACAGAUUCCUUUUUUGUGUUUUACAAUAAAUAUUUUAAAAGCGUACGUAACAGUCACUGGGGUAGCCAGAGACAAUAGACCUCCAUUAAUUAAAUAUAUUUAAUCAUGAGCGACAUUCGAAUUGGUUGUGUAUACUUUGAAUGGCGGUUGUGAUUGUAUUAAGUAAUAUUUUAAAUGUCUGUUUGUGUAACAAUAACUCCAGUGAAUGAAAGAAACGAAUUGCAAAUGAUUUUUUUGGCGCUUUGAAAUUAGUGACCUAGUCGGUGUUUGUGAUAAUUUACUUUGUAGAAAUAUUCAGUAAAAGGUAUAAAUAAUAGUAUUACCGUUACAUAGUUACUUGU